AGUUUUAUUUCCUUUUCUGGGUCUGUCUGUUGUUCUCAACUUCUGAAUUGGGUUGUUUACUUUUCUACAUUUUCAUCACUAAUAGUAAUUGAAAUUUGAUCAAAUUCAAAUUCUACCUGUAUCAUUUCUCUCUUGGGCGGCUUUUUCCAAGCUCUGCUGUAGGUCAAAGAAGAAGAUUAAUUCUCCUCUCUUCUUAAGGGAUUGAAAAUUCUAAAUGUUGAGUCGAGAAGGAAGAAAAUUGGUAGAUGAUUAUGAGGUGGAAGAGGUACUGGGAAGUGGAGGAUUCUCAGUAGUAAGAAAAGGAACAAGCAAAACAGAUAGAAAUGUAAAAGUGGCUAUAAAAACACUGAAAAAAGUAGGAUCAGUUGUGCCUGGAUUCCCAAGAAAUCCUCAAAAAAAAGUUGGAAUGGGUGGGGGAAUUCCAACAUGGCAACAGGUCUCCAUAUCUGAUGCAUUGCUGACAAAUGAGAUCCUAAUUAUGAGACGCAUAGUAGAGGAUAUUUCUCCUCACCCCAAUAUAAUACAGCUGCAUGAUGUGUAUGAGGAUCAGUUUGGAGUUCACCUUGUUCUUGAGCUUUGUUCAGGUGGUGAGUUAUUUGAUCGGAUUGUAGCACAGGAACGAUAUUCCGAAGCUGGAGCUGCCACUGUAAUUCGCCAGAUAGCAAAUGGAUUGAGUGGUCUUCAUGAUGCCAAAAUAAUGCAUCGAGAUUUGAAGCCUGAGAAUUGUCUGUUCCUGACCUCAGAUGAAGGCUCUCCUUUGAAAAUUAUGGACUUUGGACUGAGCUCUAUAGAAAAUUUUACAGAUCCAAUUGUUGGAUUAUUUGGGUCCAUUGACUAUGUCUCACCAGAGGCAUUAUCCCGACAAGGUGUUUCUGCUGCCAGUGAUAUGUGGUCAUUAGGGGUGAUUCUCUACAUACUACUCUGUGGGUAUCCACCUUUCCAUGCAACUUCAAAUAGGGAAAAGCAAGCCUUGAUUGUUGCAGGAGAUUUCAAUUUUGAUGAACAUACAUGGAAAACAGUUUCUUUAUCAGCAAAGCACUUGAUCUCUAGUCUCUUGGCUGUUGAUCCUAGAAUACGACCAACUGCUAAGGAGCUUUUACUACAUCCUUGGGUGAGAGGUGAUUCUGCUAAGCAAGAACCUAUGGAUAUAGAGAUUGUUUCUCGUUUACAAAGUUUCAAUGCUCGUCGCAAAUUUCGUGCUGCAGCAAUAGCAAGUGUUUGGGGCAGUAAAAUAUUCCUAAGAACAAAGAAAUUAAAGUCUUUAUUAGGAUCUCAUGAUCUUACUCAAGAGGAGCUUGUUAAAUUGCAAAAUCUAUUUAAGAAAAUUUGUGCAAAGGGUGAUAAUGCCACACUUCCAGAAUUUGAAGAAGUAUUGAAAGCAAUGAAUAUGGGUUCCUUGCUACCUCUUGCUCCACGUAUCUUUGAACUUUUUGAUAACAAUAGAGACGGAACAGUUGAUAUGAGAGAAAUCAUAUGUGGUUUCUCAACAUUAAGGAAGUCACAGGGUGAAGAUGCUCUCCAGUUUUGUUUUCAGAUGUAUGAUGCAGAUCAGUCAGGAUAUAUAUCGAGGGACGAGCUGACUUGUAUGCUUAGGGCUCUUCCAGAAGACUGCCUUCCACCUAGCAUUUUGGAGCCAGGGAAACUUGAUGAGAUAUUUGAGCGAAUGGAUGCUAACAAUGAUGGUCGUGUAACUUAUGAAGAGUUCAAAACAGCAAUCCAAUUGGACAGUUCAUUACAAGAUGCACUUUUGUCCUCCUUUCGAGCAAUGUAAUUAAUGUGUAAUAUUAUUAUAUGAUUCUACAUGCGAAUUAAUGCUAUUAAUUACAUAACAAAUGUAAUUAAUCAUCUUUGUAAUUUUGAGUACAUGAAUUAUCCUUACAUAUUCUAUAUAUUGGUAUCCUACAUUGCCUAUAUGAGAAUAUAAUCAUAUAGUUUAGUUUAGUCUUUUUUAAAAACUAUAAUGAGACCUUGAUAUUAAUAGUAUGAAUUUUAUCUCUUC